GGGAGAGAGAGAGAGAGAGAGGACGAGGGGGUGGUGAAUAUUUGAUUUUGACGUUUGCCUCUUUGUCUGGAUCUCUUAUUUGAAUAUCUGAGAAUUCUCUGUCUUCGAAGCGGAGAUUUAAUCAAAAUUCUCAUUAAUUUAAUGGUAAAUUCAAAGUUCAAUUCGAUCUUCCAUUUCUGACGGAUUGAGGAUUGAUUGCUUUUUUUUUUUCUCUCCCAAAAUUUUGUUCUGUUUUAUUCAUUUAUUUUCUAGAUAAGGAUUUCAUCGAUCUCAAGUUUAUUUUUUGGGGUUUGAUCUCUUGAAUUACCUUCAAAACUCUGAUUUUGGAUCAUUUUGACAGAUUGACAAAUUUCGUUGACGUAAUUUUGAUAGUCUUCUUUUUGUUGGUCCACUUGCUUGAAUUUGUAAUGGUUCUGGAAAAUUCGAAUGUGUGGAUGCUUUUUGGUAUUGCCCGGAAUCGGAAAAUUGAGGGAAUUGUAGGUUAGAGGUUGACGUUGUUGUACGGGUAAUUUGAAUGUUUUCCAGGUCAUUUCUAUACUUAUAGAUUCCUAUCCGCAGAGAUUUUAGUUAUCUGGUGCUUCCCAAUUGUGUUUAUUUUGAUAUUUAGUUUGUUACUUGAUGGUUUUUGGAAAGCUUGACUAUCUAUCUCCGAUGCAUUUUAUUGGGGUCAGUUUUGGGUGUAUAUAGAUAAAAAACAAAGAUAUACUUGUUGGAUGAUUGUGUUUUGAAAGCAGACAGAUGAAUAACCGUUUUCGUGACGUUGGGAGGCCUUCCCCAGGUAAUAUAAGAAGAUUAAAAGAGCUUCAACUUAAAAGUGAAAAUCGUUUUUGUGCAGAUUGUGGAGCUCCAGAUCCAAAAUGGGCGUCAGCAAAUAUUGGAGUAUUUAUAUGCUUAAAGUGUUGUGGUGCACACAGAAGUCUUGGUACACAUAUCUCAAAGGUUUUAUCUGUGGCAUUAGAUGAAUGGUCUAAUGAUGACAUUGACGCCAUGGUUGAAGUUGGUGGAAAUUCUUCAGCUAAUGCAAUCUAUGAGGCUUUUAUUCCUCAAGGUUACUUUAAGCCCAGACCAGAUUCAAGUCAUGAGGAACGUAUGAAAUUCAUCAGAUCUAAGUAUGAGCUUCAAGAAUUUUUGAAACCAAGCCUGCGGAUUGUCUCACUUCCUGCUGCUACUACAAGGAGCACUCUCCGGAGUACUCUUUCUAGAAAGAUUAUCGACACUUUUCGAAGUUCAAACACAUCAACUGAAAUGGAUGGUAUGAAGGAAUUCAUUGGCUUACUCAAGGUCAAAGUCAUAAAAGGCACAAAUUUGGCUAUUAGAGAUAUGCUGUCUAGUGAUCCUUAUGUUGUCCUGACUCUUGGGAAGCAGAAGGCCCAGACACAAGUAAUAAAUAGCAACUUGAAUCCAAUUUGGAAUGAGGAGCUCUUGCUUUCAGUUCCUCAGAGUUGUAACGCCAUAAAACUGGAAGUGUUUGAUUAUGACACCUUCUCAGCGGAUGACAUUAUGGGGGACGCUGUGGUUGAUAUCCAGCCAUUGAUCACAGCUGCAACUUCGUUUGGAGAUGCAAGUAAGUUUGCAGAUAUGCAAAUUGGAAAAUGGUUAAAAUCACAUGACAAUGCCCUCAUCGAUGAUAGUUCCAUUAACAUUAUUGAUGGAAAGGUGAAACAAGAGAUGGCACUCAAGCUUCAAAAUGUGGAAUGUGGAGAGCUAGAACUAGAGUUAGAGUGGCUGCCUCUGAACAACUAGCUUCACCAAUGUUAAUUUGCCCAUACCAUCUAUUAUUGAAUAGUUUCUAUGAGUUAUUUAUGAAAUAUAAUAUUUGUCUUAUGUAUUCGCUUUUUUUUUCCUCAAAUAUAUUCGUUUACCUUUUCCUGUAAAUGCUAUUUAUUAUUGUA